AUGAUCUCCAACCCUCACGAACCCAGUACCUUGCAGAAUUUCGUCACAAGAGCAGCAUACUUGGUGUUCUUCUACACGUUCGCCCUGUUCAAUUGGAUUUUCUACCUGGGUAGAGGGAUUCAAAGUGGCUCUUUCUUCAAGAAGCCCACCGAGCAACAACAGCUGCGGUUUGCCAUUUCACGAGAUCGAUUCUGGAACCUUUCGAAGCAGCCUAUACCUGGUUUCGAGCAUGCAUUUUUCAAGCUUCGGAAUGGAUUGAAGCUACACUACAUCACGAACAAAUUGAGGUUAAGAGAAGGUGGUGGGGACAAUAACGACAGUGGCAAUUUGUUCAUCCUUCUACAUGGGUACCCCGAUAGUAGCAUGAUGUGGAGGUUUUUGUUGAAAGAGCCGGCGAUCCCUAUCGAUUCUGCAAGAAUAGUCUGCUUGGACCUACCAAAUUUUGGUGGUAGUGAUACUUUUGACAAGCCUGAUGCCACUGUGCUUGAAGCAAUUGCCGAGUUCACAUUGGUCAUCAGGGAAGAGCAUGGGAACGCUUGUAGUGAAGCGAACAAGGACUUCAACACCAUAAUCAUCGGCCAUGACUGGGGCUGCGUUCUAGCUUUCAGGUUGGCAGCCGAGGCUCCCCAGCUAGCAGAUCGCUUCGUUCUGAUGAACGGGCCUCACGUCCGUUUAGCGCUCGCCAACAAAGACCGAAUCCUUGCAGCUUCCUCCAAAAUAUUCCAACAGUUCAGAGAAGCUCCUAGACAAAACUUUGGCUGCCUCCAAAAGUCUUUGAAUGUGCUGAGACCGCUCAUCAUGCAAAUCGUCUCGUUUGGCUACAUAUUCGUCUUCCACUUGCCGAAAAUAAUGGUGCAAUAUCUGGGGUCUGGUGGAAACUUCUUCUUUCUGCGAGCUAUUGCAAGAGCAGAACAUGGCAGGCACAAAGACGAAUGCGAUCCACAGGAGUACUUAGCGGCGACUCUUGGCCCAGGCGUGAUCGAAAUUGAGAGCAAGACUGCUAGUGGUGAAAGCUACGGCCAGUCAGUUCACCCUCGUGCCGAAUCACCAAGUGAAACUUUCUGGCAUCAGACCGCAUACUACAGGAAUGGAGCAGCCUUCAAAAGAUGGGAGAAGUCCUUAGAAACUAUCACAGCUCUCUACGAAAUAGAGAGCGAGAGUUCGGCCUCAGCUUCCGUAUCUCCAAUCAGACGACGGUCAUCUUCCUCUGCCUCGUCAGCACUAUUCACGGACACGUACGACGGAGCACUUAAAGCACCAACCACAAUUCUCUGGGGCGAAAACGACCUGGCAGUAACUCGACCAAUUUGUUUAGAGGGUAUCUCGGAUUACCUGGCCGCGGGUAGUGAAGUGAUGCUGCUACCACAAUCAGGACAUUGGGUGGGUGUAGAGAAGGAAAGUCGUGCUGCACUCGCCAAGAUCAUUGGUACUUGUGCCGCGGUACCAGCUGGUCAAGAGCUUCCAACAUACAUGACGAAAGAAGUGGAGCAGGUGUAUUCAGGUGUUUCGAGUGUAAUCAGGAGGUAA